AUGGCCAACACAAUGCCCAUUCCGCUACCUCCUCGAACACCAACACCUCCCCCUGACGAGACAUCCUCUCCUCAGAAACCCGCAGUAUUCGAUUCAGAUCCUCCUUAUGACCCGAAGUCACUGUCGCCGCAUCAAUACGAUCCCGAAUACAUGCCCUCGUCCGGGGCAGCAUACUUCUCACCCACAACCCCUGAAAAACAAAGCGCAGGCGGGAAUGUCAAUGGCAAUGGAGCAGGACCAUUCAACUUCCAGCCAUCAACGCUGGCCAAGUCACCCGUGAUCAAAUCUAACAUCGGUCAGAGGCGUGGCCAUAAAUACAAGCACAGCAGUGUUUCGCACCAGAUCUUCCUUGAGCCUCCUCCGCGGGCACCUUUAGCCUUACCCAAUUCACUUCCGAUUCCUACCUUCGCGGAAUGUCGAGCUAGUAUGACCAAAGAUCAAAAAGUUCGCUUCUACUGGAGCAUAUGCCACAUGGCUAUCGCAGGGUACACGGCGUGGAACUCGCACGGUUCGUCUGCUAUGGAAGCCCUAUCGCACCUGAUCUUUUACGAUUCUUUGGGCGCAUUAUUGUGUGUCUUGGUGGAGGUUCUUUCCAAUUUCGAAGUAUGGGGACGGUCGAGCGUGCGGCAUCCGUUCGGUCUACAGCGCAUGGAAGUCAUUGCUGGAUUCGCGCUGUCCGUCCUGCUGAUUUUCUUCGGCUUUGACCUUAUCUCGCAUAACGCAAAGCAUGCCCUGGAAGGCAUUGGGCACGAGCCUCACCAUCCACACACCCAUGAACAAGUCACAGCUGGCACGGUUGACGUGACGGCGAUACUGGCACUGGUCGCAACAUUGAUAUCCGCAGUUGGCCUGCAGAAUCACGCACGAAUUGGCAAGGCAAUGCGUUUCGCAGCCAUGGAGAAUCUGCCAUCCCUACUUAGCAACCCUUGUCAUUUUCUGACACUCUCCUGUUCAGCGACUGUGCUGCUACUCCCUCUUCUCGACCUUCAUACUUAUGAGUGGAUGGACAAGGCUCUGUCGCUGAGCAUCGCAUUUUCCAUGCUCUUUCUGGGCUUCCAUCUGGGCCGCAACGUUGGCUCUAUGCUCCUGAUGUCUCUUCCUUCGAAAUCCGCCUCUGCUUUGUCCGAGGUCGUGGAGACAAUUGAAUCCGACCCCUUGGUACGAGCAGUCGAACAGGCCAAGUUCUGGCAAGCACACUAUGGCACAGGCAUGGCGAAUCUGCGGCUCCGAGUCGUUGGCAGCGAAGAGAAUCUGGUGAAGCUCAGGGAGCGGAUCAUGAGUAUUGUCCGGAACAAACUGAGCGGCGGGUAUGGUUUGGGCAGCAGUGGCCAAAAAUGGGAAAUCAGCGUUCAAUUCAAGGUCGAAGUCGAAACGGCGAUGAGUGCCAGUCAUAGCCACUUCAUGAGUCCUCAGUCAUGGGUGGCAUGA